AUGGACAGGGAUUUCUUCAAUUUAGAAAAGAAUCCUAUGGAUGGGGCCUUCUUGCCCACUGCCAGUACUGGGGCUCCGAUCUCCUGCACCGUAACUGUUGAUCCUAAGGGACCUUCCAUCGCGGGUUUCUUUUCGGGGUCACCUUUCCCUAGCGUUUUUGAGCUACCGCCAGUUAAAAGGAAACGGAAGAAGAGAAGGGAGGACAAUGAAGAACAGAAUAUUAGAGUAGAACGGAAACGAGUCCCUAGCCCUCGUAAGCUAAAAGCGUCGGGGUCGGAAACACAAGGAUUGGCCGAAACGAAGAUUGGCCUACAGAACAGAAAACAUGUGUGCCACAAACAUUUAAUGAAAAUGAAUGAUUCUCAUUUGUCAUUAAAUUGGCAAUGUCAUCACAGUGUGUUGAUGUCAACUUUUCAAGAUUUGUUGCAAAACAACAUCUUAUUGGACUGUACUUUAUCAGCAGAAGGACAGUGUUUGAAUGCUCACAGGGUCAUACUUGCAGCAUCCAGUCCUUAUUUCCAGCUAUUAUUUACGCAAGAAACUGAGAAACAUCCUAUAAUAAUUUUGAAAGAUGUAAAAUUUCAAGAACUUAAGAUUCUUCUUGAGUUCAUGUAUAAAGGUGAAGUAGAAAUACCAGAACAACAGCUGAAAUCGUUUUUAAAUCUGGCAAACUCUUUGGAAAUUAAGGGACUAAAAAACAAUGAGAAUUAUGAAAGAAGGGAAGUUCCUGCAUUUUCAGGACAGGAAUCUGCUAUUGAAAAUUCCAAUGUAAUGUCUCCUCUACAAAGUGCUACUAGAAGUCAGCAACGUUCUCAAGACUGCUGUUACAGACAUCCUAAAAUAACAGUCCCCUUAGAAAACGGCAAUUCCUCAUAUUGUCAAGAAACCAAUUGUGCAAAGGGAUGUUUACUUCAAGAUGACCUGGAAGGAAAUUCCAAAAAGGCAGGUCCAUCUCACCAGAGGAAAUUGCCAUUUUGUGAGCAAACCAGAAGUGAAAGCAAACAAUUAUCUGAAGGUUGCAAAGAUCAUCUUGAAAGGAAAAUUCCAUCAGCCACGUGGUGUUUCCCAUCUUGUCUAGGGAAUGAAUGUGAUCAUCGUUUUCAAAAACAUGUUAAAGUUUGCCCCAAGAAAGUAUUGUUGUCUAACAAAAAUAAUUUUCAGUGUCAUCAACUAAACGAUAUUGAGAGUGAGCAUGUAUUUGAACUGUGUUCGGAAAUCCAUCCCAAAAAAACGACUUUUCAAAAGACUCAUUCAUUAUCCCAUAAACCAACCACUAGCCAAGGUGUUCAUACAUCUCUACAUCAUGAAAAAACAAUGCUUCCACAGAAGAAUAUAACAAUUCCCUGCCUGCCUCUUAUAGAAGAUGAAAGUGAACAUGAACUGGAUUCCCAAGACUACCUUCAAAGACAUUGUAAGAAGGCAGCCCCACAAAAGAGUAUGUUGCCACCUCACCAGGUUGGUUGCAGUAAACAUGUACACGUUUCUGAAGAUCACCAUGAAGAUAAUUGCAGAGAAACUGCUCUGACUCGAAAGUGCCAUUCACAGUGCCAUUGCUAUCCACAAACCUUUAGUAAUUGUGUAAAUGUGUUUCGUGUUCAUUUUGAAUGUAACUGCAAGACAGCAGUUUCCUCUUCAAAGAACAAUUCAACUAACAGACUACAAACUAGUAGCGAAAGUGAUCAUGUUUCUCAGGGUUGCUGUGAAAGUCAUUGUGCAAGAAAAUGUUUGCCUCAAAAAAACAUUCCAUCUUGUCAAAAUACUAAAAGUGCUCACAGACCUACUCCUGGAGAUUGCCUUGAAGAGCAGUGCAAAAAGACAGCACCAGAAGAAAAAAAGGACAAAUCACAAUCAAAAAAACAACAAACGAAUAUUGAUUGUCAAAAUAUUUUUCAGGUUCACAUAGAAUGCAGUUGCAAAACAACAGGUUCAUUCUCUAACAACAAUUCACCAUCUAGUCAACAAACUAUAAGUGAAUGUGUUGACGUGUCUCACAAUGGCACAAAAAGUUAUCAUCAAAGCACUGUUUCUCUAAGAAAUAAUAGUUCAGUACCUUGUCAACAAGAACAUCAUCAUAUUUCUCAAGAUUGUGUUGAAAGUUGUAAUACUGCAGACUCUCAACAAAGGCAUGGUUCACAAAUUCCAGUUGAUGAUUGUUGUGUUUCCCAAAAUCAUCUUCAAAUUCAUCCAGAAUGUUCAUCUCCAGUGGGAAGUUUGACAACUCCAAAUCACCAGAUAGAAAGGAAAGCAAUUCCUUCUUCAGGUGUUCCAGCAUCUUUAAUUUCUAAGUCAACUAAUGGAUCGCGAAGCAGUAAAUCUAUUAUUGAACAUGUUCAAUCUAAUAAAGAUAAUUUUCCUCAGAGUGAUCAUAUAAGAGAAAUGUGUGCAGAACCUUCAAAAAAAAGUGAAAAGAUUGUGGAAUGUAAUGAAAAAUAUAAUGAAAAAAUUGAUGAUUCUGCAGAUACACAGAAUAUAAACAACACUAGUAAAAUGGGUACCGAAACUCAAAAUAAUAUUCAAAUCAUAACAUUGUCUAGUGAUGAAGAAAAUGAAUUGAAUUCCUCUGCUGACUUUGAGAAUGAAAACUGUUCUAGUGAAACAUGUGAAGAACCUCCUGACAAUAUUGACAAUUUUGCAAUUUGUAGUGAUGUCGAGAUGAAUGACUCUUCUGACAUGCAGAAUGUAAAGAUUUCUUUUCAUGAGCCUUCUUCUACCAAAGAAACAGGUCCAAGAAUUACUUCCAUUCAUAGCACAACAGGCUCUGAUUCAUUGAUUUUCAAUUGUGUUGCAUCAGACUCUGAUUGUAAUGAAAACACUAAUCAUAUUGAAGAUAGACUAUUGUCUUAUUCAGAAAUAAUAUCUCUUGCUCAAGCAAGUGUGGAACGCACAGAACUUACAGAAUAUAUGGAAGAUCAGUCACAUAUUCCUCGGAAACGCAUUAGAAUUCAGGAAGAAAAGGAAAAUGUAAUAAUUGACUGCAGAAAUGUAGCUAACAUCCCAGGAGAAUGUGAAGAUAGUCUAUCAAAUACUCAAGAGAAUUCCUUUGAAUCUGAUCAUAUUACCAAAGCCACUGCAAACGGAAAUUACAACUUUGCUGAUGAAAAGCAACAAUUGAGUAGUGUUCCUAAUACUGUGGGCAAAGUUCCAGUGAUUGCAGCUAUCAUUUCAGUGAGAAAUGACUUGCUUCCCUCUGACAGUCAGAACAGUUGCCAAUUAGAAAAUAGUACUGGAUCAUUUUUACCCCCUAAACCGGAUUUUUGUGCUACGUUUGAUAGUAAUGACAUUAAAGAAGAACUAUUGGAAUCAGAAAACAUUCAAGAAAAUUCAACAAACAUUUCUCCAGAAGUACUGAAGUGUAAUGAAAUUCCAAUUAAAGAAGAAACAUUGGAAUUAGAAAAUUCUCAUGAAAAUGUUUCACCUAUUUCACCAGUAUUAAAGUGUGAUGGAAUCAACGACCGAGAUAAAACACUGGGAUUGGAAGGUACUUGUGGACGUUCUUCACCCAAUGCACCCAUGAUAAUAGAAUGUUAUCAAAUUGAAAUUAAAGAAGAACCAUUACAUGAAACAGAAUCAGAAUUGGAUUCACAUUCUGAAGCAAGUAUCAGUAAUGUAAAAGUGCAGUUCCAACCAAGUUGUUCCCAAAGUGAUAGAACGAGUAUUGAAGGGCAUUGUGAUGACAUUUCUAAAUCAAAAGUGACAAAAAGUUUAGAAAUUGUAGAUAAUAAACUGACAGAAUCCAAGCCAGACAAAGAAAUUGAGGUUGAAAUGAAGUCUACUCCUAAUGAUAAGCAUGAGUCAAAUUUGCUAGAAGAGGAAAUAAAUUGUGGUUUGGAACAUGUGUCCACAGAGGUGUCUGGAACACAUUCUGACUGUGUUUCAGCACUGCACAAUAGCAGUAGUCCAAAUACAUCAGUAACAACAAACGAAAUGCAUCUUAAACUAUCCCCUACAUGUCCUGAAAAUAUAGAUCUAGAGAAUCGUACAGUUGUUGGCCCUGAGGUUACUGGGGUUGCCUCAGUCUCCCUAAAGUGCUCUAACACCACAUCUGAUCGGGAAAUUCCUUCUGAUAAGGGGUAUUCUGAUGCUGCUUCUAGUCUGAAUGCUACAGAGGAACAAGAUACUUCUGGUCACCACAUAACUGAUUAUGCAAAAAAACAGGUUGCUACUACUUCCCAGAACCAAGGUUCCAAGUCUGUGCUGGACUGUGUAGCAAUCCCAAACUCGGAUGCUUUCAAGCACAACAAUGCAAAAAGACAGAAAAUUACCCAUUCUCCUGAGUGUAAUGCAUCAGUCUCAGAACUGCACAAAACAUCUACCUCUAUUAUGGACAAUAUUGAAACUGUAGGUUCUCCAAAUCAAUCCAGACCUGGAUCUGUAGGUAAUCCUGAAAGCAUUGCCAGUCUUGAAGAUGAUUAUAUAAUGAGAAGUGAUAUUAUUUGUAACAUUUCCAGAAGAAACAAGAACCAUGACACUGAUAAUGCCUCUGAGGAUGACACAGAUACUGAUAAGAGCAAAUUUUCAAGUGUUGAAGAUGAUGACAUCAAUGAUGAAGAAGAUGAAGAUGAACUUAUUUCAAAAGGAUAUUGGCAUACCUGCUCAAGAUGUGGCAAGAAUUUUGCCUUCAUGCGUUGUCUUGAAAAGCAUCUGAGGGAGCACAAGAGAGAACGAGCACGUAGGUGCACAGAAUGUGGAAAGGUUUUUCCAAAUCUAUACAUUCUUAAUAGACAUAAGGUCAUCCAUUUGGAUCACCCAUGCAAAUGUAAUGAAUGUGGCAAAAUAUUCAGGCGCAGUGACCACCUCCAACAACAUCAGCAAUUGCACAUGAGAGAACAUUCUUUUAAAUGUCAACAGUGUGGGAAAGCGUUUCUACGCUCAGAUCAUUUAGUGCGCCACCAGCAGGAAUCUCAUCCAGGGGCCAGAUCAUACAUUUGUAAUGAAUGUAGGAUGGCAUUCACAAAUGCGCAUGCACUAGCUCUACAUAAGCAGUUGCAUUCAAGACAACGCUCACACCCGCAUAAAUGUCAAGAUUGUGGCAAAGCGUUUAAGCAUUCUGAGAAUUUGCUACACCACCAGCAAGUGCACAAGAAAAAGAAAUCUUAUGCUUAAGAAAUAUAUACAUCCUUUUCUUUAUAUAUGCAUUUUGGAUGCUUAAUGAUAAAUUGUAGAAAGUUAUAAAUUAUGAAAUUGAAUCAAAACUCGUGAUCGUAAGAUUAUGAAAUGUAGGUGGCUAAAAUAAUAUUCCAAAAACUCUGAUAGCUGAUAUAGUAGGAGAAUGAGUUUUCAAUGCAGGAAAUUCCAAGAUUCUUUAAUUGCAAGAAAACUAAAUCUGGGAGUCUAAUGACUUGAUGAUUCAAUUUGUCAUCAAUGAAACACACAUACUCUUCCUUGAGCCAAAAAUUACAUUGACAUGCAAGUUUUGUCACAUUAUAGUAUGUGUUUGAGUGUGGAGUUUUACGAAUAGUUUAGAUGGGGAAUAGUACAACAAAAGGACUUUAGAAAAUAAAUAUUUCCAAAUAAGUUUCCUGAUGAUCUGAUUUUAUUUAUAAUAGUUUUAACACAUAAGAAAUUAUAUAUGAAGAAAAGUAAAGAUUUUUAAGUUUUCUGACAGAAUGAAUGAGAAAAAUACUACUUAGAAUUGUAUGUACCCCUUGUACCAGUCAUGCACAAAUUUGGCAUUUACUUAAAGUGGUAAAUUAGAUUAGAAUAUUUAAUGGUUUUAUGAGCAUACCAUUGUUAAUAUUAGUUACCGUUUGGAUUUAUAUUUUGAAAUGAAAGCUAGCAUCAAUAGUGAGUAUUCUCAAUAUUGUUUCUGAUGAUUGUCAGCCUCCCUUUCUACUGGAUUUUCAGGUUAUGUGGGUUAGGACAAAGUCUCAUGAAACUUUGUAUCCUCUACAGCUAUGGUAGUGGCAAUUGCGUCUUACUGACAUGUACCUGCACUUAGAAAAUUUUGAUGAGUUUGAGGUUUAAGCAAAAUUUUGAAAAAGGAAGAAAAUGUCCUGUAUGGUAAAUUUUACAUAAAAAUUUGCAACAAAAUGUGUUGUGCUUCAGUGUUUUUCAAGCCUUUAAUGUUCAAAAAUUGAGUACUACAUUUAUUGUUUUGACGUGAAACACAGACAUGGCCUUUUGAUAAGAGCUCUUCUUGAAAUGAAAUGGAUUUACUAAGUCAUUACUUAAUGAAAUCUGACUUCCUGAAACCUUUUAUCGUGUCUUCCCAACUUGUAAAUAAUGUUUAUAAGAUUAUUAGUAUUAUUUCUUUAUAUGAAAAGUGGGGAACAUUUUUGUUCAAAUAUUAACCUCACAAUCAUAAUAAUUUGUAUAGUGCAAUAUGGCUUGUUUUUGUAUUUCAAAGAUGUGUACUAACGAAAGAUAUAAGGAAAUGUUUGUUGUAUAGAAAGUAAUGACAGUUGAUGUUUCUAAAAUGUUUAUUCUAAAAAGGUUUUCAUGAAAUCAAUUGUUUAUUCUUUAAUAUACAAAUUACCAGGCUUUGUGUAUUCUUUUCCAUUGGUCUGUCUUUAAAACUGAGAAACAAAUCAAACAUUCAUUUUUGUUUUGCGAACUUAAAUUUUCUUUACAAAAGUAUUUUAUUUUUGCUUCAAGUUGGUGUUGUAUCCCAUACCAAAACUCAAAGUUUGUACAAUCUCUGAGGGUCCAUGUAGGAACAUAUAGUGUUGGCAGCUUUUUGAAUGUUUCAUUCUUAAUUUGAGUCUUAUUGGAACUGUGUCCUUUUGGUAACAACAGCGAUGUUUUCAGCCUUGUUGAAUUAAUUUCCUCAUAUUUUGGGGCUGUGAUUUUAGGAGGUCUGAAUCACUCAUGCUACCUUAAUUUUAGUUUAAUAAGGUUAAGAAAUAAAUAAAUUGUUAAGAACUUGAACAAUCUUCCAAACAAAAUAUUUCUGGGACUUUUUUAUGUAUUUUUUUUUAGACAACAUAGUUAUUAGUCAAUAGUAUUUUGAUUCUUGUCAUCUUACAGGUCAUAAGCUCAUGUUAUUUCUAUUCUUUUGUUUUUCUUACUGCAAAAAGUAUUGCAAGUGGAAGCUUAUGAGCAUUGUAGCUUACCUGCAAUAUAUCGUAGACUGGUAAUAAAUGUUACAAUGUAUUUGUUUUUUAAGAUUUGCAAUAAUUUACCUAAUUAGUAUUAUGAACCAGUGUUACAUAUUGCUUUUGCCUCAUUGUUUUCACUGAUUUCUAUUGUAGGUCUAAUUUGAAAUAAAUUUUCUAUUAAUGGCCUGUUCCUGAAUAGGUGCUCUAAUAUGUGUUAGGUUUAGAAAAAUUGAAUCAAGAGUAAUUUAAGUGUAAAUAAAAAAGCAGUAUUUACAAACAUAAGUGGUGUGAUUUCUUUUUACAUUUAUUUCAUUUCAUAUUGUAC